AUGAAGUGCCGCAGUGAUCUCCGCGAAUAUAAUACUCCGCUAACAGCUUUGCUGAGUGAAGACGGGACUCGCACGACUUCUCGUCGUGAGAUGGAAAUCAUUACGGAGAGGGUCUACUCGAACCUUUCCCGUUCAUCGGCUCCUCUGUCAAGGCCGAUCAUCCCCACUGGUGAAUCCCCACCACGGAUUCUCCCCUCGGAAGUACGAGUCGCUAUCAAGAGUAUUGGUACAGCCGCCAGACAUGAUUUUAUAUCAGCAGACUUUCUUCGGGCUGGUGGCCAUCCACUUUAUGUAAUCUUAACAGCGCCCAUGACAUCCUACCUUCAGAAAGAAAGGAUCCCAGACCAGUGGAACACCUCGCGGACCGUUCUUAUCCAUAAGAAAGGUGGCCGAGAGGAUCUUUGGAACUACCGUCCGAUAUGCUUGUCAAGCGUGCUAUGCAAAGUAUUCACUAAGGUCACCCUCACGCGCAUAUCUCAAGAACAAGCUGGAUUCCGUCAGGGGUUCAGCUGCUUGCUUUGUUCAGCUCCUGACCGUGUCGAGGGUCAUAGAGGUUUGCUGGGAAUAUCGCCUGUCCCUUGUUCUAACCUUCGUCGACCAUGA